UGAUGCAGACGCAGGCGACAGUAGCGCUUACAGCUGGGGGUUUACACUCAGGUGUCAUGAUAAAUAAUUUUAGCUAACUCUGUGUUUUGUUGCCUUCAGACAGCGGAUUUACGGCUCGUACAGUAUUAAAACUGUGUUGUUUUUUAGUAGUCGAGAAAUUAUGGCCUCCGUUAAAAAGGAUGACAGACUGACAAAUUCUCAAAGUUUGCUGUGCGUUGGUUUUGCCGGUGUUUUUAGCAAAACCGUCACAUCGCCGCUCGAGGUGGUGAAGAUUUUAAGUCAGGUGGGGACGUUUCACUGCAAACGCGGCUUCAUGCAUACGUUUCUUCUUCUGUAUCAGAAUGAGGGUCUGCGAGCGUUUUGGAAAGGAAAUUCGGUUUCCUGCCUUCGUUUGUUCCCAUACAGCGCCAUACAUUUGGCAACUUACAAAAAGAUUGUCCACUUCCAUAUGGAUGAUCUUGGUCGUAUCUCACAGUGGAGGGCCAUAGUGGCUGGAGGUCUGGCAGGUAUAUCUGCUGCUCUGAUUACAUAUCCGUUAGAGGUGGUUGAAACCAGACUGAUUGCCCAGAACUGCAGAGAAUCCACAAAUAGGGGGCUGCUGCACACUCUUUCCAUGGUCCACCGAAAUGAGGGGUUCCUGGCUCUCUACCGGGGUUUUUCCCUCACUAUUUUAGGUGCGGUGCCCUUCUCAGUUGGCUGCUAUGUAGUCUACAUUAACUUGGAUAAACUGUGGCAGGAGCACCACUUCCGUUUCAGCUCUUUGCAGAACUUCAUCAAUGGCUGUCUUGCUUCAGGAGUGGCUCAAACUCUCUCUUUCCCUUUCGAGACCAUUAAACGGAAGAUGCAGGCUCAGAGUCCUUUCCUGCCACAUUGUGGAGGAGUUGAUGUCCACUUUACUGGGAUGAUAAACUGCUUCAGAGAGGUCAUCAGAACCAAGGGCAUGUUGUCCCUUUGGAGUGGCUUUACAGCCAACACAGUCAAGAUUGUCCCAUACUACGGCCUGCUCUUCAGUUGCUUUGAGAUGUGUAAACAAGUCUGUCUUUACCAAAAUGGUUAUAUUGUGUCUCCGCUGAGCUACAAACUCAAACCAGGAGUGGACCAAAGCCUUGGCCCACAUGAACUACAGGAGUUUAAGCACUACCUGAGAAACAGGAAAUUACAGGCACAAAGUUCAUCAAUGGGAAAUCGCUGGUAAACAUGUUUCUCUCUGUCCUUGUGAUGUGCAAAGAGACAGAAAAUGGACGAAACAGGAAAAUAAAACUCAGUGGGGGGUUAUCAGAUCAUUUUUUUCUGAUGUGGACAAACUUCCACACCACUCUUCAGGACACUUUUGAGUGUUCUCAGCUAAUAUAUUUUUGGCACCCUGGUGUUUUUUUUUUUUUUAAAGAACACUUAAAUUCCCUGUGGAUCUGGUUGUUUUUGGAUUUUUUUUUUUUGAGUUACAAAACUUCAGAUGUAUGGUUUGAAUUGGGUGCCUUUUGGUUUGAAUUGGGUGAACACUCCACAAAUUGUGCACAACAGUGCACUGAGAAGCAUUCAGUAUGGUUGACGUUGGGUAGAUACUGUCAGUAUUCAGUAGACAAUAUGGACUUUCUCCUGUGGCCUCAGAAUUGAUUAUUGGUUUUACUACAUGAUGCUGUUAAUUACUCUGCAUCAUCUGUAACACUACUUGCUGCUAAAUGUGUAGUUGUCUAAAGGGUACUACUGCACCUGCUUUUGUAUUCAGUACAAUCUGUGCCAUUUUAGAGAUCUUGGUCCAGCAUACUUGAAGCACAACCUUUGUUUUCUGCAGUACCUCAGAAUAUAUACGACAGUGAUAAAUGAAAACUAUCACACAUCUUUCAGAACGUAGUAAACUUCUGUAUUUUUAUUAAAAGAGGGAUGCUUUCCUUUUAUUAGGAAAACAUGUAAAAGGCCUGUCCGGAUGAGAUAUUUCAGUGCCUUUGUUUGACAAAUCAUGACGAUGGAUUUUAGAUUUUACAUGUAUUCUAUUAUUUAUGUUUUUCCCCUGUGUUCUGUACAAUAUGUACAAAUAAUACUGUUUUAUAUAUUACAAUUGAUUGUUAUUACAAUUAAUAGUUUAAGUUGCGUUGGUAGCAAUCAUGAUGAAGUUGAGUGUUAGCAAUAUAAAUAUUAAACUCAUCUUUGUCCUCUACA